UGGCUGGGGGCUCCUCACUCUAUCCUUUUCCUACUCAUUGCCUCACUCCUCUUUCUCUCCUUCCCCAUUGCCAUCAUGGUAUUUGUAUUCUUGUUUGUAUUGAUGCUCAUUCCCAUCGACCAAAACAGUAAAUGGGGACUUACACUUGCCAGGCAAAUAUGCAGGACAGCUUGUGCCUAUUUUCCAAUUCAUUUUUGCGUGGAGGAUGCAGAUGCUUUCGACCCUAAUCGUCCAUACAUAUUCGGAUACGAACCGCAUUCGAUAUGGCCAGUUGGAAUCAUAACAUUUUCUUCACUUUCUGGUCUCGUGCCUCUCCCCAAAAUCAAAGGCCUUGUCAGUAACGUUAUGUUAAAUACUCCUGUGAUGAGGCAUGUAUGGACAUGGCUGGGAUUCUCACCUGCAACUAAGCAAAACUUUAAGUCCCUACUCUCCUCCGGGUACAGCUGCAUCUUAAUCCCCGGGGGAGCUCAGGAAACGUUUUAUACUCAACGUGGUUGUGAGACAUUGUUCCUGAGAUCAAGAAAAGGGUUUGUACGGAUUGCCAUAGAGAUGGGAGCACCUUUGGUUCCAGUCUUUGGUUUUGGCCAGUCCAAUGUGUACGAGUGGUGGAAACCAAGCAGCAAACUUUACUUGAAACUGUCUCGAGCUCUAAAAUUCACUCCAGUUGUCUUUUGGGGUUACUUGGGGUCCUUUGUACCAUUCCAGCACCCAAUUCAUGUUGUGGUGGGUAAACCAAUCCAAGUCGAGAAGAAUCCACAUCCCACUGAGGAAGAGGUUGCGGAGUUACAUGGUCGGUUUAUAGAGGCGUUGCAAGAGCUAUUCGAAAAACAUAAAGAGCGGGCUGGCUGCGUUCAUCUUCGACUCCAAAUUCUUUGAAGUAAUGCCUUCAUGAACACAUGAUUCUUAUCCAUCAUGGUUGUUAUAUAUGACUUGAACACAAAUUUAUUAGGACCGUGCUACACCCCCCACUUGCUACCAAUCUUGCCUCCACCUACUUCUCCACCACAUAUUUAUCUCUACUCAUUCUCUACCCGUCCUCUAAUUUUAAUUUUCUUGCCUUCCUACCACAUAUUUAUGUAAGGGGCAUGGUUGGUAGCAAGG